AUGUGUCUGCACAGUAGGGAUGAUGAACCUGCCCAAGUCUACCCAGAAGGUCCAAGGAAGAAUUAUCCUUCUGAUGUCACUGCCAGGCAGUCUUUGAAUAAUCGUAUCACUUUCAUGAGAAACCUAAGGAAACAGAAGAGGAAACAGAACAAGCACUUUGCAAGACCUGCUCCAAUUCCAGACCCAGGAAUCCUCGUGAGUGGCGCCGCCUGGAGCAUCUCGAAGGCCGGACCCCGGACGGUGCCCCGCGCUGCCGGCUCUGAGGACCAGUUCGGACACAAGGACGUCAGCGCGGGUCGCCGACGUCACGUGGAAAUCGGUUUGGACGCCUGA